AUGAAGUUCCUGACUGAGAAGGAGGGGGAGGAGGCGUGGAAGGACUUCUUUGACUCACAUCUCCAGGAGAAGCUCUUUGAGGAGAGGAGAUGGACGGAGAAGAAGCUCAGUAACCGGAAGAGGGAGGUGGAGAGCUGGAUCGUUGAGAUACAACAGGAGUGGAGACUGAGGGAGAAGGCUCAGAGGAACAUGGUGUUCAAGCUGCUGAUUAUGGACCUUCCUCAGAGGAGGAGAGUCAUUGAGAACCUCAGAGAGACGGACGACCCCGCCAGCGAUCAGGUGGCGAGAGAGAUGGACGGAGAGGAGCGGAGGACGGAAAACACCGGGGUGAAAAAGAGGAGUGACGAGGAGGGAGAUGGAAGGAGAGGAAAAGGGGUGGAGGAGAUGAAUGAGGGGUCCGAGGCUGAACAAAUCAGGAAGGAGAGAAAGUCACUAAGGAUGUUCCAGAGCAAGCUAGAGAACCUGGGACCAAAUAUGGAAGUCCAGAGCAAGCUAGAGAACCUGGGACCAAAUAUGGAAGUCCAGAGCAAGGCUCAGAACCAGGGACUAAAUAUGGAAGUCCAGAGCAAGGCUCAGAACCAGGGACUAAAUAUGGAAGUCCAGAGCAAGGCUCAGAACCAGGGACUAAAUAUGGAAGUCCAGAGCAGGGCUCAGAACCAGAAAGCAGAUGAGGAUAAAACACAGAAUGACAUUCGAAGAGAGGAAGAAAAGAGGCAAAUCGAGGAGGGGGACAAGAAGGACGAGAUACUGAGUGUGAGUGAGAGGUUGAAAGACAACAGAGAGAUGUCUGAGGACAGAGUCAGCCUGAAAGAGACGGACAAGGAAAGGAGGAGUGAGAAGGCUGUGAGAGUGGAGAAAAAGGAGGCGUCUGAGGAGAGGGAAAUAAAGUUGGAGAGGAAGAGGGAAAUAGAGGCUAAGCGGGUGAUAGAGGAGGAGAAGAAGAAGUCUGAGGAUGAACAGAGUGGGAAAAAGACACAAGAGACAAAGCAAGAAAAGCAGACUUCAACAGAGACAGAACUGAGUGACUGGGAUGUGGACAGUGAGGAGGAAGAGAUUGUGGCGGCGAACUUGAAGAUGAAUAAGAGACAGAAGAGCGAGGUGGUGAAGAAGAAGUCUGAGGAUGAACAGAGUGGGAAAAAGACAAAAGAGACAAAGCAAGAAAAGCAGACUUCAACAGAGACAGAACUGAGUGACUGGGAUGUGGACAGUGAGGAGGAAGAGAUUGUGUCGGCGAAAUUGAAGAAGAAGAAACAGAAAGAGCUGGAAGAGAGGCAGAAGGAGGAGAAAAGGGUGAGAAUGGAGGAGAAGAAGAAGGAAGAAGAGCGCCUGAGGAAUAGGGAGGAGGACAAGAAGAAAGAGGAGGAGAAGAAGCUACUAGAGCAGGUGAGCCUGACAGUCCUGCAGGAAUCCUGGAAGAAGGCUAAAGCGGAGGACAGGAAGAGAUCUGAGGCAACCAAAAUGGACGCAGAACAGCAGCACCAGUGGGCUGUUUUUUUCAGUGACUUGAGGGAGGAGGAGGAGGAGGAGCAACAGCAACAGCAACUAAAGGAGUUGAGGGAGAACAGGAGGAAGGAGUAUGUUGUUCAGGGGGGCUUCCCUGUCAACAGGACAACACACACGUCCCCAGGAAAUGAGUCAGCAAUAUCGCCCUCGAUGGUGCAGCAUUACAAUUUGGAGAGGAUCCGGGGGAGCAUGCCGAACUUCUCCAUACGCCUGAGGAAGUAG